AUGGCAAGAGGAUUCGAUCGCAAUAGUGCCUCGGAUGUGGCCAAGCGACAAGCGCAGAGAGCCCUGGCUUGGUUGCAAGGGCCCGGAUUCAGGGCUGCGACAGCUGUGACUCUGACUGUUGCGCACCAGGUGCGCAGGAAUUUGGUCGCCAGGAGGCUCUUCAGUCUGCCGCAUGCGCUGGUUGCUAUCUGGAUAGUCAUUCUAUUCUGGGGUGAGCGGUGGGUGUUUGACAGCAAGGUUGAGAACUGCAGCUGGGAUCAUUGGGAACAAUGGCCCAAGGGAACACACCCGCACCGCUUGGUUCUCAUUGCAGAUCCCCAAAUCACCGAUCCGCACUCAUACCCAGGCCGUCCGUGGCCGCUCUCGACGCUGACGGUAACAAUGACCGACAAUUAUCUCCGACGAGGCUACAAGGCGCUCCAGAACCACCUCCGACCUGAUAGUGUUUUUUUCCUUGGAGACUUGUUUGAUGGUGGCCGCGAAUGGAAAACGCGACAGGAAGGGUUCGUCGACCCGAAAUGGGGCAAGGAACGAUCUGGAGAGGAGAAGAAAUGGGUCAAAACAUGGCAUCGCAAGUACGGCGAGGACUAUUGGGUGCGAGAGUACCAGCGCUUCGGCGAAAUAUUCUUUGACAAUUUCAAUUUGGGAGGCAACGCACCAGGUCCGUACCAGAGAGGACGUCGCCUGGUCGCCAGCUUGCCCGGAAACCACGACCUCGGUUUUGGCGCGCAGGUGCAGAUUCCGGUGCGCAAUCGGUUCAGCGCCUACUUUGGCGAUGUCAACCGCGUGGACGUUGUGGGAAAUCACAGUAUUGUCUCGGUUGACACGGUCUCACUGAGCGCCGACAGUUCGGAGUACCGGUCGUCGCACGACCUGGAGCCCAUCUACGGCCCUGUUAACGAGUUUUUGGAGCAAGUACAGUCAACGAAACGCAGACUUGCAAUGGAUGAACUCAAAGUAUGGCAUGAUAUUGAUCGUGAUUUCCGCUUCCAGCACCAGGUUGUGGAUCUUGAAUCGUCGGACACGACCCGAUCGCCCAGAGACCCCGGUCCCGGCCAUGCCGAGUUCCCCACGAUUCUGCUCACGCAUGUGCCGCUUUAUCGCAAUCCUGGAACUCCUUGUGGUCCCAUGCGCGAACAUUGGCCGCCGGCGAAGCGACCCAAGGGCCAAAGCGAACCUGUCAACCCCGACGACCGCAACGCCAUUAGCGUCGUCGCUGGCUACCAGUACCAGAAUGUCCUCAGCGAAGAGGACUCUGUCAAGUUGAUCAAGAGUGUCGGCAACGUUGUGCACGUGUUUUCCGGCGACGACCACGACUACUGCGAGCUGGUCCAUUCUGAAGCCAAGGGUGGGGUGAGAGAAAUUACCGUCAAGAGCAUGAGCAUGGCCAUGGGAGUAAAGAAUCCCGGUUUCCUCAUGCUCAGCAUGUAUAACCCCGUCGACGCCGAUGGCAGGCCCAUGCCCGGUGCGCCCAAAACCACGAUUCAAACGCACUCGUGUCUGCUCCCGAACCAGUUUCACACGUUUAUGCGAUAUGUUCUCUUUGCCUUUCUAUCUCUCGGCGUGCUCGCCGUCCGCGCGUUCCUUGUGCCGACGCUCAACCUGACACCCUUUGCGCUGGAGCCCGAGCAGGGCGGCAGCCGCGGCUCCGGCUCCUCACUCCUGCCCAUGUUUAAAGACAAGGCGGAACCGCCAGAGUCGCGCGUGCACGGCUCCGCCCACGGCAUGUCGUCCACGAGCAGGAUGUCGGCGGGGACCUCGACCGUAUGGAGGGAAAGCAAGAAGAACAAAAAGGUUUAUUCUUUUGCCAACAACGGACGGGUGACGUGUCGCCGCUGCGUGGCGCUACGGCCUCACGGAUAUUUCCCCACGUGUGUGCUCUUUGUUCUCAAGUUUGCGUUUGUUCUGAAGAAUUAUGAGUGUUGUCUCGCCCACGUGGCGCUCAAGUUAUUGUUCGCAACGUUGUUGGGUACGGGCAAACCAAAAACAAAGGCCGUGCUGGUGGAACAUGUGAUGCUGAGACUGAAAGACGCAGAAACAGGCCACACAAAGGCGCAGCAGCAAAAGCUUGCAAACAAGGGAAACCAAGUGGCAACGUCAUGGGAAUCAAACUACCUUUAUGCAUACAUGCUUAAUGUCAACCAGCCCCAAAAUCGGCCUCUCCAGUAG